AUGUCCUCCACCCUCUCGUUCCUCGACCAGUUCAACGCCCCCUCAACCGAGGGCGGAAAGAGGAUUUCGAUCUACACCCCUAAGCACACCCAUGUCGGCGACAGCGCUUUGCUGACGCUACUCCUCAGUAACCCCACCGACAUCUUCAAUAAACUCAAAACCCACAACCCCGAGGCAACCAAUGCCACCGAUCGCGCUGCACUAGAAGCGUACCUCUCUGCCCGCCGCGAAUACGACGAGGCUGUCAAGGCAGCCAACGAGGCCAUCGACCACCACAAGCAGCUCCUAUGUCAACAGGACGACCGUGUCCUCACCGAGCUCAUUCAACUCGACAAUCUGAAAGUUGCCCAUUGCUUUCAACCACUCCUACCACGCAGCAUCUGGGCGCGACACAGCAAAUUCAUCCUGCGCGCCAUCCCCAACGCAUACCUACCCCUACCCGCACCCCUACCGACAUCUGCCUUCAGGCGCCCUCCGAUCCUGUCCCCUUUUCUCCAAGCAACGCCGCGGAGCACUACCAUCCCGGCUAACUGGCAACCCAACCCUGGUUGGACCCCGAAGGGAAGCUAUGCGAAAAAGAAGCCCCUGGACACCUGGAAGCCUGCGCGAUGCGUGGGGGUGGUCAUCGACAAUGUGUUCGUCAAAGGAAUCAUCAACGAGGCGAAGGAGAGGAAGGAAAGAGAGAGGCAGAUGAAAGCGGUACCCAUCCCUCCACCAUGCAGCGCUAACCCCGAACCCCAGGCCAGUCCCAUCGCGGGAUCCUCACGCCCCCACCCCAAUACACCCAUCAUCUUUCGCAAAGUCGACCCCAACUGGACACCCAACACUACUCAAUGGAUGUGGGACAGCUCCUGGCCGCGUCAGGAGCACCUCUCUGGCGAGGAAUGGAAGAAUGUGGGGAGGAACACGCGCAACGAGUGGUUCGAUGAACAGGAGGACAAUGGCAUAGACUGGGAGUUGUAUGGAGAUGGUGAGCAGUAA